AUGCCCAAACUCCUCAUCUUCGGCGGCGGCGGCGUCAUCGCCAGGAAGCUCGCCACGCUCGCCGUGCCAAAGUACACCGUCGUCAGCGUGAUCCGCAACGACGGGCACGCCGCCGUCCUCACCGCGCUCGGCGCCACGCCGCUCAUCCUCUCGCUCGAGCACGCGUCCGUGGCGGAAAUCGCCGACGUCCUGACGGCCGAGAAGCCCGACGUUGUCGUCUUCUCCGCCGGCGCGAGCGGCGGCGCAGACCGCACCCGCGCAGUCGACUACGAGGGGGCCGUCAAGGUGUACGACGCGCUCGAGGCGAGCGGCGUGCGCCGCUUCCUGCUCGUGUCGGCGUGGGACGCGCGCGACCGCUCCAAGCCCGCGCCGGCGUACUACACCGAGGAAGGACUCAUCGCGAGCGACCGCGCGUGGAACUUCCUCCCCGACUACUACCCCGCCAAGCGGGACGCCGAGAUCGCGCUGCACAAGUACAAGAACAUCGACUACACCGUGCUCCGCCCCGUGCUGUUCACCGACGCGCCGGUGACGGGCGCCACGCUCGGCCAGGCGCAGGGCGGCAAGGUCAGCAAGGACCUCGUUGCCGAGGCGCUGUUCGCGCUCGUGCAGAGGCCUGACACGGCCGGCCUUACGCUUGACCUCGCUGACGGCACGGAGAGCCUCGCGAGCGAAGUUGACCGCGUGGUCGAGCAGAGGAUCGACAACAACUCAUCAACCAUCCCCAUGCCCAAGCUCCUCAUCAUCGGCGGCGGCGGCGCCAUUGCGCGCAGGCUCGCCAAGCUCGCGACGCCGACGCACACGGUGGUCAGCGUGAUCCGCAACGACGGGCACGCGGCGGACCUCGCGGCGCUCGGCGCCAAGCCGCUCAUCCUCUCGAUCGAGGACGCGUCGUCGAGCGACAUUGCGCACGUCUUCACGGCCGAGAAGCCCGACGUCGUCGUCUUCGCUGCGGGCGCCGCUAAUGCCGCGCGCACGCGCGCCGUCGACUACGAGGGCGCCGUCAAGGUGUACGAUGCGCUCGAGGAGAGCGGCAUCCGGCGCUUUCUGCUCGUCUCGGCGUGGGACGCGCGCAAUCGCGACAAGCCACCUCCCAAGCACUACACAGCGCAGUCGCUCGCGUCGAGCGACCGCGUAUGGACGGCGCUCAAGGACUACUACAUCGCCAAGCGCGACGCCGAGGUCGAGCUCCACAAGCGCAAGAACAUCGACUACACUGUCCUCCGGCCCGUGCGCCUCACCGACGAGCCGGCCGGCGGCGCGACCCUCGGCCUGUCGACCGGCGGCGCCGUCAGCAGGGAGCUCGUCGCGCAGGUGCUCCUUGCGCUCGCGGGACGCCCUGACACGGCUGGCCUGACGCUCGACCUUGCCGACGGCCCCGACAGCGUCGAGUGGGCCGUCGCGCGCGCUGCCGAGGAGAAGAUUGACGUGUGGGAGGACUAGGCACGGAUGUUAGUUGCGUUGGACAGAUGUAGUCAUUGUAGACACGUGGACUUUGCCCGCGAGCAAUGAAUCUUGUCUCUCGGCGUGCAAA